CGCAAGCAACGCCUCCACAAACCGACAAUGAUCACCUUCUAUUCCUGCAUCAUUCUGGCCGUUGCCAGUGGUGCCUUCGGUGGAUACGUAGCAGUGCCCGCAGUGCCGGCAGUCACAAAGGUCUACAGUGCACCCGUGGUCGCGGUGCCGGCCUUGUCCACCACCGUCCACCACACUCCGGCCGUUUCCAAGGCUAGCCGGGUGGUCAGCUACCAGUCAACCCAUCCUGGGGUGCCACACACCUUAGCCAAGGUGUCCGCCUACACGCCCGCGGCCACGGCCGUGCACACCGUCCACGCUUCGGUGCCCACCGCGGUGACCGGUCUUGUCCAUCACGUUCCGGCCUACAGCUACGGCUACUACCCGGCUGGCUACAGCUACGGCCACCGCUACGACUACCACCCGCAUCCGGUGCGUUACGUGUACGGGGUCACCGCAUAGGAUCGUCACCACGGCCCUAGAUUAGAAGACUACUGAUACUCAGUAAACAUGAAGAAAUAUGCAAUUCUAAUGGCGCAAACCAACGGCUUCCCUCAUCACAGGUGUCAAUGGGCAAAGGCGACAUCGACAUAGUGUAUGUUGAUGCUUCUCUGGAAGUGAAAAGAACGAUGUCAUACGGAUUGCACGAAUAAAAUAUUUUGUUUCCCA